CGACUACAACUAUACGCAAGAACAUUGCAGACUCUGACUAUAAUAUGCAAACUCGAGGCUUUUUGCGGCCUUAUAUGUCCAACAGUGUACCAUUCUACAUCUUCCAUCGAAAAAUCCUCGUUCGAAAUAUUUCAAAAGAAGGCUUCGCUUGGAUUUACUGUAGCCAUGGUCCCCUCUACGUCUUCACCGACGGCUUCACUAGCACCCUCUGUACCCGGAUUGGGGAGAGUAAAAUCUCUUGUACGGGCCAAUUCGAUAUACCAGAACAUGAUUGGAAGAAUCCAGAGGCAACGAUCUUCGGACAACAACAGCCUUCUUUCAUUCCAAACCCCACAUCUCCAAGAACGAUCGACCCAAAUCUUGUCUCUUGAAAACCUCAUGUCUUUUGGACUCGGUUCAGGUCCAUAUGGCGAACCAAUACGACACAUCAUGUGCGCCAACCAAUCUACGCGUGUUCGAGCGCAAAGGAGAUGUACAGAGCAAGGCUUCAUAUCGUGUCCUCGAUGUCAAUUAGUGAAAUAUUGCUCGGAAAGGUGCCAGAAACAGCACUGGCCUCGACAUAGUUCAAUUUGUGCGCAUCCCUAUCUUGAAGGGAAUUGGCAACCAGAAUGGGUUUUACAGGAACGGCCACCCUCAUUCGCAUGUUCCUCUGCCACUUUCUCUCCCUCUUCAUUCAUAUUUCCCGCAUUCGAUGCUCUGAACCUGACCCAGAACGAAGGUAUAGAGUCCACAGAUAAGAAUUAUAAGCUCUGCUUCGCAGCCUGUGCGGACAUUAGGAACCUAAUCGAAACAGUCAACAACCUCCCCUCAAACUACCAAGGAAGAUUCGAUGUUCUCAUAAACAACUCUGAUCCGAUUAUCAUAAACCGCGACCUUGUCAUCCUCUACGCUCUUCUCAACCCAGAACCUUCCAUCGACGAAGCAGCAGAGCUCGCAGUUCACCUGAUGUACUCCGCCGCCCUAUCCGCCCCUAGCGCCGCCUACCUUCAACGUUGUCUUGACGAUGUUUACGGAAGCCAGUACGAUGGUCACACCGGCGACUUUUCCUUUCGAACAUGCUUGAGUACACGCGGUGAAGGAAAAAUUUGUUCAUUGCAGACUGUCGCCGGGGUUAGAUCGCCACUAGAGAUGUUUAUGUCGACGUAUAAUUUGGCUGUAGCGCUCAAGAAUCGUUGGAAGGUGCUUGCUGCUCCUGAGAACGUGGACACCUGGGAUCGAUUCCUUUCGAGACUGAGGCCCAACCAUCGGAUGGCCUUCAAACGGUUUCGAGAGACUGGUGUACUGGCUCCGUUUGCAGUUGAUACGAGCAGGUUCACGCAUCCAAAUCGUCUCAUGUUUUCGUCCCAAGGCACCUGGCUGGGCAAAGGUGACUUCAACCCUCUCCAAGGCUGGAAUGCCACCUUGAUCCAAGUAUCUGGAGGUAAAAUCGCCAUGAUAGAAUCCGCCGACAUCUUUGGAUGUCUCUUCUUUUAUCUCAAAGACCAAUUUCGCCGUUUCGCAUACCAAGUCAAGAAUCUUAACGUCAACUUCGUCCUGACCCAAUUUGACCCCCAGAUCCUUGCCAGGGGCAUUUCGACGGGCGUUAUACCGAUUUUCGAGGGUGCAUGUUUCGAUAGGGUCGAUACGAAGGAUAUGAUGGAUGAUGUUGGAAUUGAAGCAUGUUUGGCCGAUUGGGGUCCUCUGUUGAAUCGUGAAAACCGGUUUGCUUCCCUGUUGAUGCAUUCGAGAGCCUGGCACUCUGAACGACCGUAUGCUCUGGCGCGGUGUAAUCCCCGUGCAGCACUGAUGUUAUUCAUGCACAAAUGCUUCAAAAUUCCUACACUAAACAGCAAAUUGAAAGAUGUCUUUGCGCAAGGUCUGCGUUCUCCUGCUCUACUUCGACUCAUAGAGUCAUUGGACGCGUUUUACGACCACGACGAUAUCUUUCAAGAGUUCCUUGAUGCUGGAAACACCGGACCUAUCGCUGCCGCGUUUGAUCUCGGGCUCCGACCUCAUCACAAAGUGCAUCCCAAACGUUUCGGUGUCCCGCUGGACGCUUGCGCCCACCAAAUGCCUGAUGUCUCCAAAAGCCAGUUCUAUGAUUUGGCGUCACUCUGUGAAGUUGAUUUUUCAGCACGUUUCUUGGAGUUUGGUUGGUCUCCCACUUCAACAACUUCUCAGUAUGUCAAAGGUGUAAACCAACAAUAACAGCCUGUUCUCGACGCACACGGGCUACUGAAGAUUGCAGCCCAGUGUUCCAUGUUGUUUUCGCCUUCAACAAAUUAUGA